GGAAAUCUACUACAAGUAAAUAGAUGGUUUCAAGAGAAACAUCGCCAUCGUUCAAAAAUUCGUUGAGAAUGAAAUUUUGAGACGUUAAUCCCGCUUACGUAGAACAUUAAGAGAAGCACAACUUGCCAAUGGGAACACAUAGAAACAGUUGACUGUCGUUUCGCCAAUGCAUGCAAGUUGACGUCACUUGAAAUCGUAACCGCAUGAAACAGAACCUUGAAACCGUAAAUUAUUGUUGAAAAAAGUCAUGACACCGAAAACAUCGUUCAUAGAACGGACUAAACAGACGAAACGUGUUGCGACAACGAUGCAUGGAUCCCCGUGAGCCGUGGAGCCUGCGGACGAUCGAGGUUAAUCAUUAGUUGAUACAUCAGGCACACCAAAUGCUAUCGCAGCUUCGACGUAAUUUCGUGCAUGUGCCUGACUUUUUUAUCAGCUGAUGUAUUCAGUGUCAUUCCCUAGAACUGUGUGACUUAAAGUAUCGACGAAGGGUUUUCAGUGGUUCGGUCAAGCCGAGUAUUGUCAUGGCAGAUUUCGCGUUGAACGAGCUCAGCGGCGAUCAAACUGAGAAAGUUCUGCAGUUCCAGGAUUUGACAGGCAUUGAAGACCUGUCCAUCUGUAGGGAUGUUUUGCAGAGACACAACUGGAACUUGGAAGUUGCUGUUCAGGAACAGCUGAAUUUAUAUGAAGGCAGACCAUCUAUGUAUGCCCAAGACUCACGAUCUAGGCCACCACAAGUUGUCGACGAUAGCAGUUCUAGAAUAUAUUUUAAUUAUUCUGGAAGCUCCAGUGGCAGCGGUAGUUAUUUAUCAUACAUCUUUUCCCUCUUAUAUAAAAGAGUGAUCAGUAUCCUGCAAUUAGUUCUUUCAAUAUUUAGGGGAAACGGUAGACCUGUGACCUCUGACCCAGUGGAAGAUGUAAUUAACUUCAUUCGAGCCUAUGAGGAACGUUACGGUAGUAGUCAUCCCGUUUGUUACCAAGGCUCUUACAGCCAAGCUCUCUCCGAUGCGAAGCAAGAAUUAAGAUUUUUAUUGGUAUAUUUACAUAAAGACGAAGCCCAAGAUAUUGAUCAGUGGUGCAGGAAUACACUAAACAAUCCAGAAGUAAUUCGAUUUAUAAAUACACGUACUUUAUUUUGGGCAUGUAACGUGCAAUCUGGAGAAGGUUACAAAGUGGCAGAAGCCCUUAGACCUGGUUCUUAUCCUUUCCUGGCCAUCAUCGUUUUAAAAGAUAACAGAAUGACAAUGGUUGGCCGAAUGGAGGGCACGCCAUUUCCUUCUGACGUCAUAUCUCACCUGCAAACCAUUAUAGAUCACAACGAAAUUAAUUUAAUACUAGCACGUCAAGAAAGAGCGGAACGCAGUGCGGCACAAUCGUUACGCCAGCAACAGGAUCAAGCGUAUGAGGAGUCAUUACGCGCGGAUCAAGAGAAGGAUCGAAAACGAGAAGAAGAACGAAGAGCGCGCGAAGAGCAAGAGGCUAGAGAAAAAGAGCAAUUGAAUGCACAAGAAUUGGAAAUUCAACGUAUUCGUCAUGAAAAAGAGCUCACUGUUCGCAAAGUACCAUUGGAACCAGAAUCUAGUAAUCCUAAUGUGUGUCAUCUUCAAAUUAAGCUUGGAGAGAGGACUAUGAAAAGGCGUUUCCUAAUGUCUGACACGAUAAUGGAUGUAUAUCACUGGAUUUUUAGUCAACCGGAUUCGCCAGCGUGCUUCGAAAUAACUACAAGUUUUCCGAAGAGAAUUCUGUAUCCAUCCCUUGAGAUCUCAACGUUAUCAGCUGCUGGAUUAACUCAUAGAGAAGUUCUUCAUGUUAAUGACUUAGAUGAUUAACCUCUAUUGAUUAUUCAGUGCUGCAUUCUUUGUGUUUAAGUAUCAUUCCGCAGGAAAAAUGGUACUGUCGUAAGAGACAUUUGUGAAAAAGAUGAGGAUGUUUGUAUAUAUAUAUGUAUACAAAGAAAUAUACAUAUAUAAACAUGUA